AUGACAACAGCACAAAAACCAACCACAAAAGAAUUCCCCCCACUAUGGAAACAGUUUUCCAACUUCACAAACACGCACCCACUCGGCAUUGAAAAGACUCUCCGAUUCAUUCAAGCUGUCGUCACGAUUCUGUCUUCUAGUAUCUUUGUCUCAUACAUUCCGAAUUCAGUGUAUGCGGUCAAGUGUGCUUCUGCGAAGAAUCAGAUUGCUCUAGCAAGGCGAUAUUUGAGAUUUUUCAAAUUCAUCGAUUGCUUUGACGCGGGAUACACAGCGUGGCUUGUCCCGGCACCGCUUGAAUCUGAUGCAGUCAGGAAGAUUGCCUCUGUUGGUAAAUGGUCUUUCCUGGGAGUAUAUUUCUUCUUGGAGGAUUUAACAAUUUUGGAUGCAAUGGGUAUAUGGGUAACACCCUGGGCUCAAGAACUCUUCAUCGAAUGCCAUAAAUGGUGGUUCUUUGGUCUCGCAUUGAGUAUCAUAGGCUCUACCGUUGACAUCUUCCUUCCGGUAUCUGAGCCAACUCUCACUUCAUCAGCAGUGAAGCAAUCUGAAAAGAAGACUGUUACUAGCGAGAAGGAGAAGAAGAAGCAGCCGCUGCCGGUGAAACGUGAUUUGACACCGCUGGUCAAAGGUCUUAUUGUCGAUUCGUGCGAUAUUGUGAUCCCCGGUAGUGUACUGGGUUGGAUUCCGGCCUCGUCGACGCAGGUUGGACUUAUGAUGGUUGUGAGUACGUUGGUUUCUUCGGGAGGUAUUUGGGCCCAGGUCAAUAAGUGA